GCGAUUUUCUUAUUAUGGGGCCUCAGGUGAGUUUCUCCCUUUCAUCGUCCAGGGACGAAACUUGAAUAAACGCUGUCGUGUAGAGCAGAGAAAAAUGCCUGACGCCUCCUAAACGCUGUUCUACGUAGCUUUUCCUCUCACGACGUUCGCUUGGCUGACAAUCCAUCCCAUUCAGCAUUGAGCAACCAAAUCCGAAUCCCGACUGAGGAGCAGAGUCGAAAAUGGAGGACUUUUGGAAGAGAGCCAAGAGCUUCGCUGAAGAAGCUGCCAAGAAAUCCCAGACCCUCGCCGACUCUUCCAAGUUCGCCGAUUUGGUCUCCGAGACCGCCAAGAAGUCCAAAGAAUUAGCCGCCGAAGCUUCCAAAAAAGCCGAUCAGAUCAAAACUGCUGCUCUCAAACAAGCAGAUCAAAUCAAAUCCUUCUCUGACAUCAUCCCUCCUCAGCUCUCUGUGCCCCUUUCCAUUCCUAAUUUCAACGAUUCUUCUCCUUCCUAUUCCCAGUCCGAGCUCCAAACCUUGGGUGUCACCGACGAACUCAGAUCCUUCGUCAAGGGACUUACCUCCAGCACUUUCCAGAACUUCCCUCUCAAAUCUGAUGAAGCGGAGGCUUCGGACGCGCCUACGACGGCCUCCAACGUUCGAAAAGAUCUUAAUGAAUUUCAGGAGAAGCAUGCCACUCUUGUUCUAACCACUGUUAAGGAAAUUUCAAGGUUGAGAUAUGAACUAUGCCCCCGUGUGAUGAAAGAAAGACACUUCUGGAAGAUAUAUUUCACACUAGUGAACACUCAUGUGGCUCCGUUUGAGAAGCGCUAUCUGGAGGAGGUUAAGCUCCGAGCAGCAGCUGAACAGCAAGUGGACAAUAAGGUAGAGAAAACAGCUGUUACUGGAGAAACUGAAAAGGUUGAGGCAACUGGGAAAAAUGUGAAGAGCAAAUCAUCUAAUUCAUCCGCAACUGAGCAAGAUUUGGAUACAUUUCUUCUCGGUGAUCUUGAAGACAGUGAUGGAGAUGAUGGCGAGGGCAGCCUUGAUGAUGAUUUUGACAAGAUUGGCAAUUCUGAUGUUGAAGAGGAGAAGCAUGCAAAGAAAACGUCUGAUGCUACCACCAAGUAGGAUGUUGAAGUUUGCUGCUCGAUGCUCACGGAUUGAUCAGUGGUUGGUUAAAAAAAAAAAAGAAAAAAAGAUGAACAAAUUUAACAGUCUCUAGUUUAGGAUUUAUGGCGGUAUAGAUUUGAGGACCGGAGGUAUGAUUCGUUGUUGUUUAUUCAGCUUUGGUAAUACUCUAUAUAGUGGCAGUUUGCAUUGUACAGUUGACAUUAUUUUGUUAAUUUGAUUAUGUAUGGUUUUCAUGUAACAUUUCAAACAACAAAAUAUAAGCUUGCUGAGAGACCCAAUAGUGUUAAUUAA